AAACGACGCCAUACGAACGUGUUUGGUAUUUCCGUUUCCAAAAGCAGCGCGCUGAAUUCGAGUCUUUGGACAUCACCGGGCUGUCUAAAUUUCAAUAUAGCGUCAGUGUCACUUCUGUGAAAGUACAUUUGGGAAUGGAAAGUGACGAUAUGGAUGAGAAAAACCCAAAAACGAUCGAUUUGGAGGUCCACGUUAAAUCCCAAAGCACAGCCAAAGUGUCAGAGGUGAAGAUGCAUGUCCAGGCUCUGCUAAGUCGCCACAGCAUGGUGUUUGGAAACUACAAGUGGACAGAAUUUGAUGAAACCUUCCUGCACACUCAUGUGGAAUCUGUGGCUGUAGUUGACCGGGAAGAGAGGUCAUCACAGCCCCUUGAUUUGACGAGCUGCACGAUUUCCUUCCACAUCUUCACCCUGAAUGAGGAUGGGCCGAGCACAUUUAGUUUCGAGGAUGAUGAGGAGCUCUCAGCGGCGAACCACUGGUUACUUCCAGCAGCUGAUUUCCAUGGUAUUUGGGAAAGUCUGGUGUUUGACAGUGGGGUCAAAACUCAGCUACUGGACUAUGUCACAACAACAAUUUACUUCUCGGACAAAAACGUCGACAGCAACUUGAUUUCGUGGAAUCGUGUUGUGCUGCUCCACGGGCCCCCAGGCACCGGGAAAACAUCUUUGUGCAAAGCUCUUGCCCAGAAGCUGUCAAUCAGACUGUCAAGUCGGUACACAUAUGGACAGUUUAUUGAGAUAAACAGCCACAGCUUGUUCUCAAAGUGGUUCUCUGAGAGCGGCAAACUGGUCACAAAGAUGUUCCAGAAGAUUCAGCAGCUUAUUGAUGAUAAAAACGCUCUCGUGUUUGUUCUGAUUGAUGAGGUGGAGAGUCUGACAGCAGCAAGGAAUGCCUGCCAGGCGGGAACGGAACCGUCUGACGCCAUCCGCGUGGUCAAUGCUGUCCUCACUCAGCUAGACCAAAUCAAACAACACUCCAACGUGGUGAUCUUGACUACCUCCAACGUGACCGAAAAGAUCGACUUGGCCUUUGUAGACAGAGCGGACAUUAAGCAGUACAUCGGACCACCGUCUGAGAAGGGCAUCUACAACAUUUUUCUUUCCUGCCUUGAGGAGCUUAUGAAGUGUCAAAUCAUUUACCCGCGGCAGCCGCUCUUCACCAUCUUUGAGCUGGAGACCAUGGGCUUUGCGAUGAGCCAUGUAUCUGAACACAGUCUGACCCUGAGGAACAUUGCCCUAAAAAGCAAAGGUCUGAGUGGAAGAGCACUGAGGAAAUUACCCUUUCUAGCUCAUGCACUCUUUGUGAAGACACCCAGCGUGACUCUGAAAAGUUUUCUAAAGGCCAUGGACCAGGCAGUGGAUAAGCAGAAGGAGGAAAAAGUUAACCUAACAAAUGGUGUCUGACGCAUUUGUAGGCUACAAGCUUCAGUUGUUUAUUUAUGAGGCAUCAUCAGGUAACUUGGUGCUGAAUGUUUACACUAAUUGAUUCAGCCACAGAAAAUUAUUGUUCGAAGAAAUACUGUCCGUAUGUUUGUUAGUGCAACAGCCGAAACCAUUUUUCUUGCAUACAGAAAUGUUUAAAAUGACCAAGUCGGAAUAUGUUGUCUGACGCAAACAUAUGCUAACAUCGUAGUAAAGUCAAUAUUUGUAUGAAAAACACAUAACCCAUAAGUGAAAAUCAGGACGGCGGUAACGGUGUGUUCCUUCUUGUGCCACAUGCCAUCUUACACAGCUGCGGUUCAUAACUUUGAACUGCAUAUGUUGGCACUGUUAAGGAAAGCACUAAACUGUUUUUCCAUUGCAUGCUUUUAACUGUGAUUUUGACUCCACCCGGUUAAUUUGUUCAGUCUCAUCUGGGGGAAAAAAAAGAACUUUCAACAGAUUUAUUUGUGUUACUUUUUUAAAAAGGACAUUUGAUCCAUAUUUAUGCCAACAAAUAAUAAUUGAACUGUUUAAAAGCUGUUGUACAGAAAAGAAAUAAACCAUUUCUUUGCGUUUGCGCACACCA